AUGGAGACACAAUUCUCCUACUCGACCCCGAAGGAAGAGACCAACCCGGAUCUCCUUCAUACAAAAGACACAUCCUAUCGCUCCUCAAAACAUCUUACGCUCGCCUCACCUAUCUUCAAAGCUAUGUUGAGAAACACAUUCAGCGAAGGUACCACACUCUUAACAAUCGGCCAGGUGAAAGUUUCACUCCCCGAAGAUGACCCUACCGUUAUGACGAACCUUGUCUUCCUGAUCCAUGGUCGCCAUGGGCACCCUGACAUCGAUCAUGUUAUCACUCUAGACUCUCUCAACAAAGCCGCUAUUCUGGUGGAUAAAUAUCACAUGCAUGAAGCUGUUGCUUUCUUUACUACAACAUGGACCCUCUCUUAUUUCAACCGACAUGCAAUUCGUCUCCAUUCAUUCCGUGAUUUUCCCUUGCUCUUUUGUGUCUCUUGGGUUUUUGAACUCGAGGAGCCUUUCAAGGAGAUUACGCGCAUCAUUCAAUAUAAUACGGUGGGAAGUAUCAAGGAUAUGAUGAAGGGUACGGGCAUCGAUCUUCCUAUUCCAGAGGGAGUUAUCGGUAAGUACAUAUCAUAUCCUCUGUUCAGACGUUCAACUAAUACAAGUCUUCCAGAAAAGCUCGAGACAGCACGACUAGCUGCCAUCGGAGAUACAAUCCAAGUCCUCGCCAACUUGAUCGCCAAAUACCAAGACAACAACGGCAUAACCAUGUGCAAAGUCGACGGCAACCAACUUCCAGAUAUCAACCAACUACACAUCCACAAAGAUAGGUGCGAUGCAACGGUCCUCGGUAGUCUCAUGAGAGGCGCUACGAAAGAAGGACUCUGGCCCCCAGCUCUCACAGAAUCUCUCCGCAAUAGUUCCGUCUAUGCGGUGAAGCAGAAAGUGGUAGGCGUGGAGUUCACAACUGGGUGUGAAGGUUUAAGGGAUUUGUUGCCGUGGCCACAACGUUAUGAUCCGUAUAGGAUAUUGUCAAGUCAUGGGAUUAGAGACCAGAUGAGAGUUUCGAUUGAGGAGGCUGAGGGUCGCUUGAGAGGCUUGGAUUUGAAGGUGGAGAGAGAGAGGUUUGUGGGUCCAUUGUUGGCACGUUAUCGUUAG